UAUGUGCUCGCUGGUGGCGUCGAGAGCUACUUGUUCGCGACGUGCUCCGCUCUCGCCAACACCGUCACAGGGGAACUGUUCUCCAUUGACCUCGGAGGCGGCAAAGAAUACCGCAGAUUUGCCCCCAAGAAUUCGACUGCUGUUGAUUGGGUAAAGCUGAACGACAGCGGCGCAUCGACGGACAUCAUCGCCUGCGCGGACGCCGCGUUUGCAAGGAACGCUCUCGUGUUCAAGAUCAACGGCUCCUGUUAUGCAGGAGCCGCUAGUGGCAUGAUUCUGUACGGCAUCCAGAACGACGAGCAGGACUGCGGUGACGCGCCUGCUGAAGUUGUCUACGUCAUGACGCCUCUUCCUGGACAAAUGGUCGGAGACACCUUCCUUCUCUACACCGAGUCCACGUCUGACGGGUGCAUCCGCGGCAACAGCGACAACACAGGUCUCGUCUUCAAUGAUGAAUAUGAAACCCCGUACGACAGUGGACUGAUGCCGCAGAGGCUGACUUGCUGCAAUAAAAUAAUAGCCGGACAUUGCGUCGAGACUGUGCAACGUCCUGACUCCGACAGCUUCGGGUACUGCGAGGCCAAGACUCUGUGCGAGGCCCUUGGCUUGCCGCUGGCGUCCUACGAGUUGCAGGCCACCCCCGAUAUUCAGGAUUACGCAAAAACACUCAAUCACUAUUUCUGGAUCAACACGCAGCGUGGAGAAGAGGGCUACUACCGCUGGCUUCCCGACGGCCAGAAUAAUACAUUUCCUGUUGGUGGCGGUUCCAAUUCCCAAGGAAAAUGUGCUGAAGUCGACACUUAUGAUAAAGAUCUUUGGCCGGUUGAUUGCGAGAGUUUGGAUUGGUACAUAGCCCUCUGCAUCGGCCUCAACACAUCCCUGAAGCAGUGUUGAGAAGCACUGAGGCGGUUACUACAACACGCACAUUUUUCUUGAUUUUUCUUGAUAUUUUAGCUUUGCGUGAAGAGUGAAAUAUUCAUGAGCCUUCUUCAUUCCAGUUUGUCAACAAUUCUUAGUUACCAAUGGCCUAUUCGGAUUUUGUCUUCACGAUGAAAUAUUCCUCCAUGCUGAGAUAUUCUGCAUUAAUCUCCCUGGCAAAUGACUUGACAGGAUUUAUUUUAUGCUGAGCCAGCGUGGACAAGUUCUGACACUAAGAACUAGCGAGGAUCUAGCAGACACUGCAUGCAGUGUCCUGGCUGCCACUAUGGAUAAGUUCUGACACUAAGAACUAGCGAGGAUCUAGCAGACACUGCAUGCAGUGUCCUGGCUGCCACUAUGGAUAAGUUCUGACACUAAGAACUAGCGAGGAUCUAGCAGACACUGCAUGCAGUGUCCUGGCUGCCACUAUGGAUAAGUUCUGACACUAAGAACUAGCGAGGAUCUAGCAGACACUGCAUGCAGUGUCCUGGCUGCCUCUAUGGAUAAGUUCUGACACUAAGAACUAGCGAGGAUCUAGCAGACACUGCAUGCAGUGUCCUGGCUGCCACUAUGGAUAAGUUCUGACACUAAGAACUAGUGAGGAUCUAGCAGACACUGCAUGCAGUGUCCUGGCUUGUAUGUUGAGGAACCUGCAGCGCUUCCAUUGUGUCGCAUGUGUUUCUGAUGUGCGAAGCCAGUUUGUGUUCAGUGUAAUCCGGGAUAUCAAAUACUGCUGUGUGUUGUGACGAGUGUGUUCCAACUAGUGUUCCAUCACUCGGCAUCACGCGCUCUACUGAUGGCAGAUUCCAACGCUGUUAAAGAACCGUCGCUGUUGAGUUUUUCUGUUGAAAUAGAGCGUUUAUUUUACGCCUUCCUCACCUGCCUUAUUAAAGCUUUCCUGUGUUGUGUUAAACCAAUAAAGAGCCUCUCCUCAA